AUGCAUGGUCUGCUGCAGGAAGACGACGAAGAUAUGGCACGAGCGGUGGAGUACCUCACCAGGGCAGCUGAAGAAGCAGAUGCUGCCAAGGGUGCUGGCAAGGAUGCUGGCACGGAUGGUGGCGAGCCACCUUGGCGACGGGAUGGUGGUCCAGCUCUACCGGGGCCACCUCGUGGAAGUGCUGGUGGUGGAGCUGGUGGGUGGGCGACACGAAGACCUGGUGGUGGAGUUCCAGCAGCCUUCGCUCUGAAAACCACUGCUGGUGGAACUGUGAGAGCUGCUCGGGCAGCUGGUAGCACUGGUGCUGGAAGCAGUGCUGGUGGCAGCAGAGCCGAUGGUGGUGGUGCUGGUGCCAGCAGUGCCGAUGCUGGUGGUGCUGGUGGUGCUGGUCUCACGACGUGGACAGACGCUGCUGGCAAGGAGCACACAUGGCGUGUGCCGGAGAAAUCCAAGACAGGUGCUUGGAACAAGCUGGCGACGUUGGUGGGCCUACACCUUGCUGGUGAACAAGAAGCUUUGAAGAGUGAGCUGGAUAGGCUGGCCAGUUUUGUGCCGAUCCAGCCACAGCUGGCUGAGAUCCAGCGAGUGUGGUGCCAGGAAGGGCUGGAAGCCUUUUACCGGCUGGGGUACUUGGCAAAGCCCAAGCAGUGA